AUGGGCCCUUCAUCUGGGAGCAGAACCCGUGUCGUUGUUGGUUUGGACCUGGGAACCACAUUUUCCGGGAUUUCGUAUGCGGUAUUGCCUCAAAACCUGAACGGACCGGUAUCCUUCUGGUGGAAAGUUGGCGGCAGUCACCAGCCGAAAACUCCAACCCAGAUCGAGGUUUCUGGAACCCCUAUUGAAUGGUUUAAACUUAGCAUUCUCCAUCGCGACGAUCUAGAGAAGGAUAUACUAGCUUCAGAGAAGUUCAACAAGUCAAACAGUGCCCGGGAACGGAUGAAUUUGACAGCCACUGAUGUUACCGCCAAGUACCUCUGCAAGAUCUGGAAAGUCUUCCUCAACGAGCUUCAAAAGAUGAUCGCCGACGCUCAUAUCCAGAUCACCAUGACUGUGCCAGUCCUCUGGCCCGAUUAUGCUCGUAAAGCAAUUUAUGAUGCCUUGCACCAAGCAAAUAUCAUCAACAGCAACGUGGAGCUGGCUCCCAAGUUCCUUGCAGAACCAGAGGCUGCGGCUCUGGCAAUCUUUUCUGCUGCAUACUACCAUGUAGAUGGCACACCGUUCUCCAAGGUUCAACCUGGACAGGUUGUAAUAGUCUGUGACUGUGGCGGCGGUACCACUGUGAGUUUUCCGUCACCCUACCUGAGCUUCAUUGCUUGGUGCUCAUCCCCUUUCAAGGACACGGCAGUCUAUGGAAUACGAUCCAUUAAUCCCCUCCGUGUGGAAGAGGCCCUUAAAGGACGACGUAUCUUUGCCGGAGCUUGCAUUCUGGAUGAUCGCUUCAUGAAACUUCUGAAGGAAAAGAUUGCGCAGGUGAUCUCUCCCCGGGUGUUCCAGACCCUGAAAGAUGAGGACUUUGCCAGAAUAGCCUACACUCACUGGGAUAACGACGUCAAGAAGUCCUUUAACAACAACUUCCAAACUAAGCGUAUUGAGCUGCCUUUUCAUUGGGUUGGUAGUCAGCACAGAAGAAUGCCCGUCGGGCAAAGUGUCCACGUCGAAUUCAACCACAAUGAAAUUGCUUCGAUAUUCAACCCUAUCGUCGAAAAUAUCACAACCCUGAUUGAGAACGAGAUCCGAAACAUACCCACCCACCUCUCUAAGGACGUGUCGUACCUUAUCAUGGCUGGAGGCUUCAGCCAGAAUCUCUACCUGCGACACCAAAUUUCACAGACCGUAAACAGAGUGUCUCCAGACACCGACACAGUCGACUAUCCGAACGGACAAGGUUGGAACGCAGUGUCCAUGGGAGCCGUUAUCCACGCUCUCCAAGCCCAAGCGAUCCAGCAACCGGUCCUGGUAACCUCCAGAAUCGUGCGAGCUAGCUGGGGAGUCAGGGAACGCGGCGGGCACUCAAUCUUCUGGCUCGUGGUUGAAAAUGAAUCUCUUGACGCUGCCCAGCCGAAUCUACGACCUGUACCGGCGGAAGCUCUAUCGACAGACGGUCACACUGGCGGAGACAAUUUUAGUAUUCGCGUCUACAGAAGACAAAUCCAAAAUGAAGCGCCCCGCGUUCAAGAAGUCUGUAUACUUCGUUGGAGGACCGUUGAUGUUGAGUUAGACUCCGACAUGAAACCUGUUCUCAAGGCCGCUUUGCAGAUCGAGUUCAAAUGGGACGGGGCGGCGAUGGAUUUCUCGCUGUUUUAUGGCGGUGUCCAGCAGAGCUCGAUGGAGGUCAAGCACCCUUGGGACGCUUGA